GAGGAAGAGGGCAGUUCAAUCACCACUCCUGCUUAUACACUAUGAGCCUAAACUAAGUCUUGUCACCCCUUUACCAUAAAGACAACCAGGAAGGCAGGCUUCAUCUGUACUGCCAUCUGUCAUUCCACUAAAACUCGAUUCUAUAUCUGCAGGAGAAAGAGAAGCCAAUAAUAAGGGAUCAGCAGGUAGGCUCUGCUCACCCAGGCCCCCAGCUGGGUCCCCGAGAGCAGAGCGAAGGGGGGUGGGCAGACCACGCCCACAGCAGUUCCAGUCCCUGGAGGGCGGGGCCUGGGCCGAGGUGGCAGGCAUGCACUCAGGGCUCCAGACCGACUGGGAAGGGAGCAGGGAGGAAGCAGUCUGUGAUGAGUGUGUCCACAUCUGGCAGUGUGCUCCGCCAUCUGGUGGGGCCCCGAUCCCAACCCCCAGGCCCAGAAUGUGGCUGAUUGGAGACAAGGCCUUGAACAGGUGCCCAUCAUCUGGCUGAAGAGGCGGUUAGAACACAAGCCCAGGGGAUACUGUGGGGACAUGGGAAAGCCCACCUCUUCACUCGGAAAGGAGAGGCCUUAACCAGCUUGGCUCUGUCCCUGGAGCCGGCACAGCAGCCUGGCAGGGUGCCCAGAGCAGGUUGCGGGGAGUUGCUCAUCUCAUGAACCCCUCCUGGGGUGAGAAGUUUCUGCAUUUCGGCCCAGGGGUGCUGAAGCGGUGGAGGUCAGGAGGAAGAGUGGAGAGAUGUCCAGGUGUAGGACUGUGGGUGUGAGCCUGGUCACCCGGGAUGCAGACUUUGAACUGGGGUGUGCGUGGGGAAAUAAAGGCCUGCAAAGCAAAGACCUGCUGGGGAGGCUCCGCCCAGUGCUCUGUGUAACUGGUGAGGCACAGGAGGGAAUGCGGAAAGUGCAGGGCACCCAUCAGAGCCAUCACAAAUCACCACCACCAAGGAGAGGUGCCCGGGCCCCAGCAGAGCUCCUGCGAAGCCUCAGGCCACCUCUCAGCCUACUCCACAUUCAAAUAGCCAGAGGCAAGCCGAGGCCCCAGGGGACCGGAAUCCUGGGUUCCUGGCCUAGAGAACCUGGUCCGAUCACAAUGGGCCAAAAUUCUAGGGACAAUCUGCCUCUCAACUCUGCUGAGCAGGGGAAGGUGAGAGGUGCACAGGGCCUCCCAGAGACCCUGUGGGCCACCAUGAAGGUUCACAGAGAGGCAAACGUGGAGGGACAGAUACAGGAGCUGAAGACCAUCACUCGGCUCCAGGAGCAAUGUCGGGCACUCCAGGUCCAGGGGAUUAAGGAGAAGACGGCGCAGAACAAGGCGACGCUAGGCCUACUGCGCAGCAACAUCCGCCGAGGGAAGCAUGAGUGGGCUUCGGCCAUGAAGUACGACCAGCGCGCCAUCGCCAAGGCCUGCGGGAAGGACGUGCCCACGAGGCUAGCGCAGGGCCGCAGCACUAUGGAGGUGGCCAGGGAGAAGCUGCGCAAGUACGUCUUCGACCGCGUGAAUGUGCACAACGCGUUGAUCCACUUGGUGCGGCUGCGCGGGGAGCGGUUGGAGAGCUUGCAGCUGGAGUUUACGCGCCUGCGCCGGCAGCCUGAGGCCACCAAGGAGGAGGCGCGACUGCUGCAGGUCAUCCGCCAGCUGGAGAACAGCAUCGAAAAGACGACCAUCAAGAUCACCACCAGCCAGAACAUCCGCCUGCUGUACGUGGACCUCCUGGAGUACCUGAAGAAGGUGCUGGCGGGGUACCCUGUGGUGCUGGACAAGCUGCAGAACCGGGUGAUCGGCUACGGCUCGGAGCUGUCUGACAUGACGAUCCUGUCCCAAGAUGCCAUGAUGAUUACAGAUGAAGUCAAGAGGAACACCAGGCAAGGGGAAGCAACCUUCAUCCAGGAGCGCAGGGCACGGGAGAACCGGCUCAACCAGCAGAAGAAGCUCAUCGACAAGAUCCACACCAAGGAGGCCAGCGAGAAGCUCCGCCGGGGCCACAGGGACCUGGACUUCCCCAACAGCAGGAUGAGUACAGACACCCUGAUGAAGAGAAAGGAGACCUCUGAAAUGGACAUCCAAUACCAGGCCAACGUGACCGCCUCCGUGGAGAGGGUCAAGUCUGCUGUGCAGUGCUCCCACCUUUGGGACAUCGCUGGCCGCUUCUUGGCCCAGAAGAACACCGAGGAGAACCUGGAGCUGCAAAUGGAAGACUGUGAGGACCGGCGGGCGCAGCUGGGGGCCCUGAUAAAAAAGCUGCAGCUCGAGGAGGUGCUGCUCAAGUUCCACCAGGCACCCAGUUCCAUCAGCUUUAAGUCUGUUGAGGAAAAGAUGAACAACAUGCUGAAAGAGGAAGAGGCAAGGCUCCAGCUGGCCCACAGCAACAUGACCAAGAGCCAGCAGCUGCUGCUGAUCAUCCAGACUGGCAUAGACAACCUCUACAUCCGGCUCAUCGGCAUCACCUUGCCUGCCAGCCAGAAAGAAGCAGUGCCCUCUGGCAUCCUCGAUGUGCACAGCAAACUGGCCUACUGCGAGAGGAAGCUCACCCACCUGGCUGAUCGGGUGCAGGCGCUGUCCAGGACCGAGGAGGUCAACACCAAGGUGAAGGAUGCCCUGGAAUCCUCGACGCUAAAGGAGAGAUACAACACCAAGAUCAGCUUUGAGAACCUGGAGGAGGACGUGAUAGAAAGCUUCCAGUUUGCAGACAUGGACCUGGACCACAGCUACAUCCCCUCUCGGGCCGAGAUCAAGAAGCAAGCCCAGUGGUUGAUUGAGGGCAAACUCAAGGCGCCCAAGAAGAAGAAGAAGUAGCCCCGCCCGGGCUUAUUUCACAAAUAAACAUUUUUCCAGGGAUAAGGGUACAACUAGAGGACUAGAAGCGAGGAGCUGGGCGCGCGAAGGCG